AAGAAAAGGAAACAAACCAAAACCCUACUCUCACUUUUUCCUCUCCUCCUUCUCUCCCAGUGCGUUCAAUCUUCAAGCUUCGAUCUUCAGUUUCAGAGCAAUGGGGAAGAAAUCAAAGGGGUCAAGGAAGGGGAAGAAGGCAUGGAGAGCAAACAUAAGCACUGCCGAAAUUGAGGAUUUCUUUGAGAAGUCCACAAAGGAUGCUCUCUCUGGUGGCUCUCUUUCUGCCCUUCCCAGCGAUUCUCUUUUCGUUGUCGACAAGUCUCGAGAUCUUUCAGUGAAGCGGAAAAUAGAAAAGAAACGGGAAAAAGUUCUUUACUGUGACAGCAUAUUAACGAAGAACCCGUUUGUCCAAGCUGUGCCUUCUUCAGUAAAUAAGAAAUCCAAGAAAAAACCAGAAGAGGCUUCCUUAGUUAAAGAAACCUCUCAAGAUGGUUCUAAGGUUGGCAUGCUUGAUCUGUGGGAUGAUGAAGGUGAGGUUAGAAGCAAAAAAAUCAAUAAGAAAUCAAAGCCAUCCAUUAUUCCAGCAGUAGAAGUUGAGCACCCAGGAUGUUCGUUCAAUCCAUCGCAUGAGAGUCAUCAGGAUGUACUUGCUCAAGCUGUUGCACAAGAAAUGCAGAAAGUAUAUCGGAAUGAGCUGGGGCCUGCGCCAGUUCCUUUAACAGUCCCAGGAGAAGUUAUUAGAGAAGAAGAUAUGUUGUUUUUGGAUGUUGAUAACAACACUGAUGAUGAAACCAAUUUGGACGAAAUGGAUCAGGACGAAGAUCAUGAAUUAGAAAAAAGGCCUUUGAAGAUGAGAAGGGUGACUCGAGUUGAGUUGAAUAAGAGAGCUAGGCAUAAAGAAAAGGUCAGAAAGGAAGCUGAAGCAAAGAAGUUGGAAGGAAUUUCUAAAGAGAUUGACAGCUUGCCGGAUAUCAUUCAAGAAAUAGCCAAAGAGGAUGAGGAGAGAGAAAAUAGACGUAUCCGUCGAACAAUAGCCAAACAGGAGAGAUUAAGGUCAUGCCCACCUCGCUUGGGGAAGCACAAGUUUGAGCCCGCACCUGUUCAAGUUCUCCUAUCUGAGGAAAUAACUGGAUCGUUACGUAAGCUGAAGGGCUGUUGCACCCUUGUGAGGGACAGGUAUAAGAGCUUAGAGAAAAGAGGAAUAAUUGCUCCUACUGCCAAGAGCAGAAGGAAAUAGGAUCAGUUUGCUCUAUUAUUGAACUCGAGAGAUGUUUAUGGCGAAUUCGACGAGAUUAUCGGUGAUAGUUAUAGUUUUAAAGCAACAAGAUUGAACUAACUCAUAACGUCCCAUGGAGAAAGCCUUUGAGAUGUAGCUUUUUGUAGUAAAGCAGCUUCUUGUUUCUAUUUUCUUUUUUAUAUAUAGUUUUAGUUCGUAAAUUAAAGAGUGAAGGAUUUGGUUCACAAUUUAGCCAAGUACUCUAGAGUUGUAAUUUUAUCUUCAUCUGUCUUUCAAUUUUGAAUUGCUAUUUUCUUUCA